UGGCAACACUGAACUAAUAGUGAGCACCACAUUAUUUACAAAAGUCCAAAAAAAUUACAAAUAAAUUGGAAGUUAUUGACUUGUUUAAAAAUACAAACUGAUUUGCCAUGCGAAACAGGAAAUCGGUUGCAAGUGCUAGGAUGAUGUGUAUGCGUUAAAAAUUGUACGAGCUGGUAGAAAAUCACAUACACGAUGGUUCCUGCACCUAGUUGUCCCAUAACAUGGGACUAUUGGACCGCCACGCCGUCAGAUUACGUGGAGCUAACAUGCCUGAUGCCAAAUUCCAUAUUCCUCUCUUUGAGAGUAAGUUGGAAUGCAACAUUGCAUGGUGUGAAAGAGGAGCUAUGGGACCUAGCAAUGAAGCAACCCCUCUUUGGGAUGCUCCGGGAGAUGUCUGGCUACGUGUUCCAGUUCAUCAACUCCCUAGCAGUUCCUGAGGAGGUUGAUGAUGAGAACAAGAGGGUGCGAGACAUCAAACCUGCUCUUGGAGUGCUUAUGAUCAUAGAGCGCUCCAUACUGAGGCCUGGAGAAAACUUGUUGAACACACAGAUCAGUCAUUUGAUAGGAAAAGGUUUAAAUGAAUUUGAUAAUUUAAGAAGUUCAGAAGUCAAUGACUUUCGGAUGCGAAUGAGAUACUUAGCGGAAGAGAGUUUACUGAAAAGAGCACAGAGUACACAAUUAGAGAGGCUGCGGUAUCACUGUCCACCAAGAUUAGCGGACCAUCCUACUGUGCCAACCACUUUACUCAGCCAUCUGAACAACAACUGCUUCAUACUGGUCACUAAGGUGGCUAAAACAGAGUUCUCCUUCACGUCGAAUGUGUCAGUCAGUUUAACGCCGCAGCAACACAUAGAGACCAUACUACGGAAGAAGGCCAACUCGCUCAACAUGCGCGGAGAAAACCCGCGGAAUUACGUGCUCAAGGUUUGCGGGCGGGAAGAGUACCUGCUCGGCGACCACCCACUCAUACAGUUCCUGUACAUACAAGAGACGCUGUCCAGAGACGGCGUGCCGCAGGUCAUGACGGUCUGCAUAGACAAUAUAGCACUAGGUUCAGAUAUCCAAUACCACUCGCUGCCGGAGCGGACGCGGCUCUCCUCCGAUCAAUCGAACACUAUAAGGAAGAAGAAAAACUACGAGUCUUCGUGGAAGAUAGACAAGAACUACUCCUGCAUUGUACAAAGCGUUGGCGGCCUCAACGUUGACCCGGGCAGGCCUGUUGAGGUGGUUUGCCAAGCUGGCAUCUACCACGGUGGCAAGCCUCUAUGCGAGGCGCGUAAGACGCGAGUGGCCGUGGUGAGCAUGGAGGGAGAGGCGCAGUGGAACGCGAAGCUGCAGUUCCCCAUCAAAGUGUGCAACGUGCCGCGCAUGGCGAGGCUCUGUUUCGUUAUCUACGAGAUAUCCAAGGCCAAGAACAAGUGGAAGGCGAAUAAGGACACAAUCAACAGGCUAGCGUGGGCCAACACAAUGGUAUUCGACUACAAGGACCAGCUACGUACUGACGGCGUCACGCUAUACAUGUGGACGCACGUUGCGGACGGCACGCAAGGCGACGACCUGCUCCUGCAUCCGUUGGGGACGGUCGUGUCCAACCCCAACGUAGAAUCCUGCGCGGCGCUGCAAGUGCGAUUCUCCAACUACGACUGCCAACACCCAAUCCUAUUCCCGAAGCCGGAAUCAGUAAAAGCGUACGCCGACCAGCUGGAGGACGAGGCUGGUGAAGCGGUGGCGACGCUCAGCGAAGACUUCGAGAACCUUCGCGCAACGGCCGAGAAGGAUCCUAUGUAUGAGAUGCACGAACAGGACAAGAAAGAUAUUUGGUCUUCGAGAGAAUACUUCCGAGUUGCGGCCCCAGAGCUAUUACCAAAGCUAUUAUCCUGUGUGGAAUGGACGGAGCGAGCUGAAGUGGCCAGGGUGGUCAGAAUGUUGGCCACUUGGCCUUUGCUGCGAGUGGAAUCUGCCUUGGAGUUGCUAGACUAUGCCUAUGCUGAUGCUGCAGUCAGAAGCUUUGCGGUCAAAUGUUUAGCUAAGAUCAGUGACGAAGAUCUCCUUUUAUACCUGCUGCAGUUGGUGCAGGCGCUCAAGCACGAGUCGUAUCUCAUGUGUGACCUGUCAGUGUUCCUGCUGCAGCGCGCCUUCGACAACAUGAACAUUGGACACUACCUCUUUUGGCACUUAAGAUCGGAGAUGCACGUGCCGUCGGUUUCGGUGCGCUUCGGCUUAGUACUGGAGGCGUACUGUCGCGGCUGCCAGGACCACAUCAACAGCCUCAUGCGGCAGAUCUCCUGCCUAGACAAACUUAAAUGGGCGAAUCAAUGCAUUCGCAAGAAGAAGGAAAUAACCAAAGCCCGCGCCGCACUAAGGCAGCAUCUCGAGGAGCAGCACUGUCUGGAGACACUUUCCGACUUUGUGUCGCCGCUCACCCCUAGUUUAGUUUGUAAGAGAAUCAAGCCUGAAGGUUGUCGCGUAAUGGACAGCAAAAUGCGUCCGCUACUGCUCGAGUUCGAGAACGUGGAUCCCACGGGCGGCGACAUCCGCAUCAUACUGAAGGUGGGCGACGACCUGCGCCAGGACAUGUUCACGCUGCAGAUGCUGCGUAUCAUGGAUCGGCUAUGGAAGAACGCUGGAUACGACUUUAGAUUAAAUCCUUACAACUGCAUAUCGAUGGAGUACGCAGUAGGCAUGAUCGAGGUGGUGGACGAGGCGGAGACGGUGGCCAACAUCCAGAAGCAGUUCGCGCGCUUCAACGCCACGUCCGUCAUAUCCAGGGUCAACUUGUUCCAAUGGCUCCGCAAAAAGAACCCGAGCGAGGAAUCGUUCAACAAAGCGGUGGAGGAGUUUACGAUGAGUUGUGCGGGGUACUGCGUCGCGACGUACGUUCUAGGCAUCGCUGACCGACAUCCAGACAACAUCAUGAUCAAGGAAAGUGGACAGCUUUUCCACAUAGACUUCGGACACUUUUUGGGCCACUUCAAGAAGAAGUACGGCGUGAAGCGAGAAUUCGUUCCGUUCGUGCUCACACACGGGUUCAUACACGUCAUCAACAAGGGGCAGCGGGGCGGGAACAACGAUCUGCUGGACUUUAAGAUCUUCCGGGAACUCUGUGAGACGGCAUUUAAAAUCCUUCGAAAACACGGGCAUCUUAUACUGUCGCUGUUUUCAAUGAUGAUCUCUACUGGUUUACCGGAGCUUAGUUCGGAGAAGGAUCUACAGUACCUCAGACAAACUUUGGUAAUGGACCUAUCGGAGGAGAAGGCGAUAGAGCACUUCCGGCUGAAGUUCGACCAGGCGGUGACGAGCUCGUGGACGGCGUCCGUCAACUGGGCCUUCCACAACAUGGACAAGAACAACUGACAGUGACCCGUGAGCAGGCGCCUCAAGCGCCGGCCCACCAAGCACGCGCCGCAGACGCUGUGAGAGACUCGUUAGGCGUUAUGUUACCCUGGUACUUUUUGAGUUGUACACGAAUUCUAAAGACUGAAACAAACGCGCGACGAACGCUUGUAUAGGACGCGCGCGUACUUGUUACGAUUUGUUAUACAGGGAACAGCAUCAAUCACGAAACGUGUUCAACUUGUAGUACUAGAAACUAUGCUGAAUACAAAUGAACGACAGAAAUUUAUAGUGGUCGCGCGCGUAUCUGUGUACGAUUUGUUAUACAGUAUACAGUAUAUCAAACUGAUUGCGCGCGUACCCG